AUGACCAGCACUGCACUUGUUACUGAUGUUACAACAAAGACGCUUACGAACACAGCGACUAGUAGGGUCACCAAUACUAAGGCAGUUCAGGUGGCUGUGACAGACGUCGUGCAAGUGACCCAGAGGAUUACUACAGGGGUUACGACGACUGUUACUGUAGAUGUUGAUACGACACUCACAACGGAUGUUACUGAUGCUGCUACUGUCGAUGUUCUGACGACAUCGUCAACCACAAUUUCCACUUUUGUUGAAGCAGCAACUCCUACCGUGUAUGUUCCGAAUACGGAGGUCCACUGCAACGUCGUUGGUUAUGGCGAUGAUAAGAACUAUUGGAGUGGGGGAUCCGGUCGAUCUAUCGGAAACCCGAGCUUCAGCGUAUGCCGAGACUUUUGCUUGAGCGAUUCGGAAGCCGCCAGCUUCAGUUUCAACUCUGAUGAGUGCGACUGUUAUAAUGGCACAGUGGGUGUUGCGGUUACACCAGACGCCUCAUCUCCCUGGACAUUCUACGACAUGUUAUGUGGUUCCGCCAACAAGGCAAUGAAGGUGAUACAGAUACCUGAUUAUCUACCAAGCAAAGCUCCCAGCGCUGUCAGCAGCGCGUGCUCAUGCCUGAUCGCCAGUCCCUCUGCCCAAACAACCAUAGCCUUCACUGCCAAAGCCUCCAGGACGAUCACAGCUACACAAACACGAACAAAUACGUUCUCUGUUAAUAAGCUCAAGAGCACAUUUUUCACAGACAGAAAGAUUAGCACUUCUACCAGCUCUACGAAAACAAUCAAAACAGGUUCUCAGACCGUGACACAAACCAAUCGUAAGAGCGCGACGGUCACAAAACCUGUUACUGUCACGGUUACGAACUUCAACACUGUUCUGGUGACCAAUACCAAUGUCGUUGAUGCUACGAACUACAAUACGGUUUUCGUUACGAAUGUUGAUACCGUGGCUGAGACGGAUUACAAUACCGUUGUUGUCACGAAUGCGGAGGGUUUUACGGUUACUCAGUAUUACACCACAGUGGAGACAGAUGUAGCUACAGGCGUGAUUACACCGGAUGCUGUCACUGUGACGAGUGGAACAACAACUGUCUGGGGAUCUUGA